AUGCUGACUUGCAGGUUUGCUAGUCAUCAGAUGGGAAGGGAGAGGGUAAUCCUGUGUCUGUCUAAUUGUACAUGUGCUUAUUUCUGUGUGAACAUAGGGGAAAUGGAUGUGAGUCCUGAGACUAAACUUAGUAGCAGACAAUCCCAAGUUGGUUACAAGAGCUUUGAGGGCUUACCUCAGUUGACUGUGGAUGACACAUUGACCAAAGGGCAAAAUGGGAACUUUCAGAAUGAGCAUAACCGAAACACAGGACUCUAUGGCCAUGGUGGCCUCAGUCCUGCUCCAGACCUCAGCAGUCUCCCAAAAGAAUUGCCCCUGAGACAUCUAGCCUCUGGGAGCCAGCACCCUAACCUGGCUGAUCUAAGCUUGUCCUCCUUUAGAGAGAUGGAUAAGGACCUGCCGUCUGGGGGACCAAAUAGGUGUGGCCCUUGGCAGGAUGCCAUCAUACCCAUCUAUGCUGCUUCUCUCAUCAUUGCCAUAGCAGUCACCACCGCUAUGGUCCUGCAGAUUUAUCUAGGGACAAAUGAGCAGGUCUUCAGAGGGAGUGUGUUGGUGACAGACCAUGAACACUGUACAGAGCUUGGUCGUAGGGUGCUGAAUGAACAAGGCUCCAGUGUGGAUUCUGCCAUCGUUGCCACCCUGUGCCUGGGAAUAGUCCAUCCACAUGCGUCAGGUAUUGGCGGGGGAGGGGUGAUGCUGGUUCAUGACAUCCGGAAGAAUAUUAGGAAGGUGAUUAAUUUCCAGGAAACGGCACCCUCUGGAAUCAAAGAGGAGAUCCUGCAAAUUGACCCAGAGCUGAAGCCAGGUCUGAUUGUAGGUGUGCCAGGCUUGCUCAGAGGGUUGUACCAAGCCCAUAAACUGUAUGGAAGACUGUCAUGGGAGGAUAUCGUCACCAGGGCUGCCAAUGUAGCCAGAGAUGGCUUUAAUGUGUCUCACAGACUUGCAGAGGCCAUAACCAAGGUGAAAGGUCAGAAUAUGUCAUUGCGCUUCAGGGACAUGUUCUUGCCAAGAGGCCAUGCUCUGUCCCCUGGCUCUCUUAUGAAAACACCAAGUCUGGCUGCUGUCCUGGAGGCUGGGGUAUCAGAAUUCUACAGUGGGACUUUAACACAGGAAAUGGCCAGUGAGGUGCAAGAAAAUGGAGGAAUUCUAACCAAGGAGGAUCUCAGCAACUAUAGUGCAGUCAUAGAGCAGCCAAUUGAAGGCCUGUAUCAGGGAUUUCGAGUUCUAGUGCCGCCUCCCCCUUCUAUUGGUGCUGCUCUGAUCUCAGCCCUCAACAUUUUGGAGGACUUCCACCUCAAUGGGAAUGGUACAACGUAUAGCGCAAACCACUGGAUUGCUGAGUCACUGAAAGCGGCCCUGACUAUGGCCAGUGGGCUCGGAGACCCUGUGUAUACCCCAUCAGUUUCUGCACUCAUCUCCAAGAUGCUAAGCAAGCCACAGGCUGUAGUGCUCCGUCAGUUGAUCAGUGACUCGCAGGCAUCUCCUCCCAGACACUACUCUACUGUCUAUGACCUGCCGAGUGGAGCUGUGGCCAGCCAGGUGGUUGUGAUGGGUCCCGAUGACAUCAUUGUGUCUGUCACCAGCUCACUGAACAGGCCCUUUGGAAGUAGAAUUUUAACCCCUUCAGGCAUUCUCCUGAACAGCCAGAUCUUGGACUUCUCCUGGCCAAAUAAAACCCAGGGACUGUUAAUAUCGAACCUGACGAACAGGGUCCAGCCAGGCAAGCGGCCUCUGUCAUUUAUUAUGCCAACAAUUGUGAUACCAUCUCUAGGUAAAUGUGGAUCCUAUGUGGCCCUGGGAUCUUCUAAUGGAGAGCACAGCCUCAGUGGUGUCACCCAGGUCUUGAUUAAUAUUUUGUCAUAUAACAAAAAUCUGAAUGAUAGCAUAUCACUGGGACGACUCCAUCCCCAACUUCAGCCGAGCAGACUCCUGGUGGACUCUGAGUUCCUGGAGGAGGAUGUGAAGGUGUUGCGUCUGAAAGGACACACUGUCUACAGGGUGGGGCUGCUGUCCCUGGUGCAGGGUGCCCAGAAAAUCAACGACAUCAUUAGGGGCAUUGUUGAUCCUCGUGCUGUGGCUGGCUCUGCCUAGCUUUCUGAGAAUAUGGCUUUAUUUCAAUGUGAACAUAAGAAGAUUAAGUAAUAUUUGAGUUGUAUGUUUAUUAAAUAAUUCAUGUAUUACAAUUUUAGAUUUUUCUAUGUGAUGAUGGCAGGCGUGCAGCUUUCACUGGGGGCGGUGGGGACAUAUCCCCCCCACAUUCUGAAAUGGCAUUUUUGUCCUCUCCCAUGUGUUAUCAUUGGAAAGUGAUACAAAACGAGGCAACGGUGUGCUUUAGAACUAUGCGGACGCCUCUGAGCGGUCGGUUAGACUGUUUGGAGUGUUUUUAUCCAACUGGUUCCCCACAAAAAUUAUAAUAAAAUAUGUCCCUCCUGGAUGAUGGCAUACAUUAAGGCAGAUCUAAUAUAAAGGUGGAGGACAUCACAGGAGGCUGAUGAAGGGAGGACCGCUCAUAAUAAUGGCCUGAAAUGGCAUCAGACACAUGGAAACCAUGUGUUUGAUGCCAUUCAGCUCCAGCUGUUACCACGAGCCCGUCCGCCCCAAUUAAGGUGCCACCAACCUCAUGUGGUGGACAUGAAUUUCAUCUCAGAUUCUGUGUGUGAAGAUGUGAGUAGCCUAUACCCAACAACCUAGGUCACAAUAGUAUUGGUUGUCCAAUAGGGGGCACUACUUUCCUAGGCAGAACUAGAUAAAUAUAGUUUGACCUAAUGUUUGGUAGAAGUUAGAGGCAAAUACAUUAUCGCUCAAUCGCUUUACAAAUCAGACAUUUGCUGUUAGUCACUGCUGUUUUGUCGAGGUAAAGAUAAUCCAUAUAUAUCAGCUACUGUAUAUCUCCAAUAAUUUACUUCAUGUGUGAAUGUUGACUCCCAAACAAGCCACUAAACCCUGCUCCUAAUAAUGAGUGCAGCGUGGGAUGGGUUGAAAUGGUAAAUAUCCAUACUUGAUCUUAUUCAAAUAUCAGUGGCACUGUCAACCCUUACAUUAAAGGCAUGUGUCUAUGUUUUAAUUUUUGGUUUGAACUCUUUAGCUUGUUAAUCAGCAGCCCCAAAGUAUUAAACUGUGUGCUCAACACCUUCCUUACAAUACAUACUCUCCUACUAGCAAGGACCUCUUUGAAGUAGAGAAUGUGCCAAAGGGCUGAUGUCAUAGAAAACUGGCAUAGGAAGGUUGACAAGCAAAUACACACAUCCAAUGCCACUAUAAAAAGACAAAACAGUAUCAUAAUGGCUUGAGAACACAUUUUAUGAAGCUUUCUGUUAUUGAGAACAAUACAAAACCAUAUUAUGACAGAUGACUACCACAGAUGACUAACCACAUAUUCCUGGGUGAUGGAUUAUGUCGCUGGCCAGCCCAUAUGGAAAAUGAAUGUAUUUAAUAUACAGUGCCUUCAAAGUAUUCACACCCCUUGACUUUUUCCACAUUUUGUUGUGUUACAGCCUGAAUUUAAAAUGUAUUAAAUUGAGAAAAACUAUUGACUGGCCUGCCUACACAAAA